UUCAUUUCGGCCACGUAGCUAUUAUGUGCAUUAUAUAUUCUCAACAAAGCGUCUGAAGCACAAUGACUCCGGAAAACAAACUUUUACACUUAAUGAACGAUAACAGACUGGAUGAAACUUUCAAAUAAUGAAUUUUCCCUUAUUUUUGAUACCGUUUGCUUCCAUUUUCCUUUCUGUUUUGAUUGGUUGUUUUUCGAGCGGCGCAAAAUUGCCAGUUUGUUAGCAAUAAUCUGUAGCUCGUGUUACUCGUUUGGAUGAUUGAAAGUCGGCACUGAAUUGAAUACUCACAAAAAUUUGAGAAGAAGAAGACCUCUUUCUUUCAAGGAUCAUACGAAACAGCUCUCGGGUAUCUUUUAAGAGAUUAAUAGAAGGUUGGAUUGAAAAAGUUGGAUGGGUUCCUCCUCUUCCUCACAAAAAAACGAUUCUUACUUACUUUCUUUGUAAUGACGAGUUCUUACAAAACAGUGUAGAGCUUUACGACCACGAGUUGAAAGGGAUGCAAUGUUAAUGAAGGUCCCUCUCUUGUCACCAUAGUGAUAUUUAAAGAGCACUGUUUGUGACCUCCAGCGUAGCAUAUCCGCCUUGAACUUUACUCGUUACCAGUGCCCCUCCUUCCUACUUGUCUCGGGAAAGCGAAAAAUAUAUAUAUUGUCUUCUAUUUGAAGUAAACAACAUGGAUCCCAGCUGAGUGCUGAAUUGGAAUUUCACUGUUGUUGAUUCUUGCCAUCUUGGUGUUUCCUAUAGUACCGGUCUUAUCAAGGAUUCAUCUCCCCACUUUUAUACUGUUGGCUACAGAAAGUCAUCGUUGUCGAUGGCAAGAGCUGUUGAACCAUAUGCUAACAUUACGGCUCAGGAAUUGCUCGGCACUGGUGCCAACUGCUUCGGCUGGGUCAUGAAAGAAACCACCUCAGGCUUGCGAUCGCUGGUAAAAGUCCUCGGCUGGCCAUGGUAUUAUAUGAUCUUACAUUCUGGAUGCCUUUAUCUGUACCAGCAUUCUGAUGACGAGAACUACACCGAGGUGAUCCCGUUGACAAAUUACAGGGCAUGUGAUGCACCGGAGGUUAAGAAAUAUACUUGGGCCUUUAAACUGAUCAAUGAGUCAUAUCUGAUGAAAACACUCUUCUUUGCUGUGGAUUCAGAGUUCGAUCUUAAUCGUUGGCGCGAAGCGAUAAUGAAGGACAAGAAAAAUUAUUGCCGCCCUGUCUCAGAGGUAGAUCCAGCAGAGGAGCACUACACCAUCAACACUGACCAAACUAAUCCAUCAUGCUCACUGUCAAUUCCAAGGCGCAAACCUAAUGCAGCAACAUUUCCUCACAAUUUAAAGCCAUCGCGUAAUGAUCCUUCGGAUGUCCUUGUAGGACAGGCUUCAAUCUCUAGCGGGACAAGUAAAGUGCACAGCAUGCCAUCUCAUUUAGGAACCCAAGCAGCAAGGAAACAGUGUCCUCUUUUGAGACCAUCACAGGAAAAUAGAUCAACGCAGUCAAACGUACCACCUUGGUUUGGAAAUCAGGAACCAAGAACGAUGCCGUUACCCAAACGACCUCACGCACAAAAGAAAAAUGAGCCGGUGCAAUUCUUUGAAAGGUCACUCUUAGAGGUGGAGGCCCAAGGUCCACCAGAAUUGCCAUGUUCGUCCAGACCACCGAUGACCGCAAGUGGCUCCACUCCAACGAAAUUUAAAGCACUUGGAAGAGGUACCCCGGAUGGACGAAGUGUCAGGAAUAGGGAAAGAGAGGAGGAUAAUUCUUCACUGACUUUGAUACAUGACAUGGACAGCUCCCAAGCUGAGAUGUUGCUGAAGAAAAGGCCCGGAGUUUAUAUUUUGCGCAAAAGUAAAACUAUACAGUCAACAAUGGUUUUAUCGGUUGGUACUAGUGGUAAAGUAAUGCACUAUCGGAUACUUCAUGACGAGGAACAAGGGUAUUCUCUCGGAGAACGCGGAACCCCAAGAUUUCCCGAUAUACAAGACUUGUUAAACCAUUACUCUUCGUUUGAUCUCCCUUUGCAUGAUUUGAAACUGACCAUGGAAGGCAAUUACAAAUAGAAAUUGGCAAAAUCCUUCUGCGAGUAUAAAACAAGAUAUCUUUAUGUAUUGCUCUAAUAAUGAUCAAAAGCAGCCAAUGUAAUAUGGGAAGCGUUUGCUUUCAUCAAGGAACGCUCAUCAACACUUAUGUUGUCGUAAUAGAGCUGACUGACCACUUACUUCACAAACAGGUCCGUAAGUUCAUUGCAACAGCACAGUAGUAAAAAUGGCAGCAGUCUCGAAUAAUAGGUGCGCAAUCGUACAUGUGUCUACUGCUAAGGUCACAUCGUUCCUUUGCUCAAGGAUUGCAAGAACUUUCUAUAGUUAAUUCUAGAUAGUUCGCGCCUUGGACGAAGUGUAGGAACUGUUCCUCUAAGACUAUCUGUAGGAAUAUCCGCGUGGUGCGAACUUUUCAAUAUGAUACCUACAUGGCGGGUUUCGUAAAAUGAAACUUUGGACACCUCCAUGAAAUCCAUUCCCUAAAAUAAAAUGGUUGAAUAACUUGAAUAGGUUGGAUCCAAAUAAAUUCUUAGCAAAAGUCAA